AUGGCAAGAGACGAGGCAGCGUUCAAAAUAGAAGUGGGCGCCCGCGUGUUAGUGCGUGGCAAGUAUGCAGGGGUAAUCCGUUACGUACCCGAGCGUCGAUCGGCUCUAGUUGGCGUAGAGCUCCUUCGAGCGCGAGGAGACAAUGACGGAGUUGCUGAGGACGGUCAACGCCAUUUUGCAUGCAAGCCUCUGCACGGCAUCUUUGCUCGCGAAGAGCAGCUCGGCGUUUUUUCAGAAAAAGACGGGGCAGCGUGUGUAGUACAAAGUGUCUGGCGACGUUCGAGGGCAUCGCAGAAGUUUCGUCAUCUCGUGUAUUCCCAUGCGUGGAAUCUAUUGGACAGUACACAAGAACAUCUUAAUCUGAAACGCUCCGAGCUGUUUAAGUCGGCAGAACAUACGCUUGCCCAGCUGACGAACACACAGCAGUCGGUUUCUCGCACCGUAUCAGAUGUUUUCGUGGCAGGGAUAACGAUCGACCCUUCGUACGCAGGACCUCAUGUAACCUGGCCACUGCAACUGUCGAAUGUCUUGGAGGUGUUGGAUUCAUUCAAAACGACGCAACUUUUGCACUACAAAUACGUGCUGGAAAUCCUCAAAGAAGGCGUGCGAUCGCUCGGUCCUUUGCCAACGCUGCAAGAAAUUUCGCUCGUAGAAGGAGAAAAACUCACGGUGGUAGGCGAUCUCCAUGGCCAGUUGCAGGAUCUUUUCUCCAUCUUUUCUGUCAACGGCCUUCCCACUCUGACCAACAAGUAUCUUUUCAAUGGGGACUUUGUGGACCGUGGAAUGUACGGCACGGAAGUAGUUAUGACUCUCUUGCUCUUUCGUUUGCUGUACCCGACAAGUGUGUUUCUCAAUCGAGGCAACCACGAGUCCCGGAAUCAAAACUCGUGGAUGGGGUUCGAAGAUGAAGUGUGGGCGAAAUAUUCCGGGGCUGAUGAAGACGAUUUCGAACGCCCUGCUCUCAUUUUUGAGUCUUUCCAGACGCUGUUCGAGUCCAUUCCGCUCUGCGCUGUUCUCCAGCAGAAGAUCUUUGUCGUACAUGGAGGACUGUUUUCGCGUGAUAAUGUCACGCUGGCCCAUUUGCGCGGUAUUUCGCGCAAGCGUGAGCCCCCGCUUCACGAAACAAAUUUUGAGGACAAGAUCUUUGAAGACAUGUUGUGGAGCGAUCCACGUCCCAUUCAAUCGCGUCAACCUUCGGAACGCGGAGCUGGCGUGGAGUUUGGCGUUCAUGUCACCAACAACUUCUGUUUGGUAAACAAGAUCGCGCUAAUUAUUCGCUCGCACGAGUGUGUACUCGAUGGAUACGAGAUUCUUCAUGGAGGUCGACUGAUCACGUUGUUUUCAGCAUCAAGGUACUGCGGAACCCAGAUGAACAAGGGAGCCUUCCUGACAUUAGGACCAGACUUGCAUCCGGAAAUCCAGCAGUUUUACGCCACAUCCUUGAACGAGAGCACGUUCAAGGCACCGGAAAAGGCGCAGAUGCAAGGUGUGUUGGAAGAAGAUACGCUUCGAAUGAUCGCGGAGCGUAUUUGCGACCACAGGGCGUCAUUGUACUGGUACUUUACGCAGCACGAUGAAGAGCACGAUGGCACGGUACCUCGGUUGAUCUGGGCUGAAGCUCUACGGUCCGUGUUGCAAAUCGACUUACCUUUCUUGACGUACCAGCCGAAGCUCGCAGAAGUAGUAAGUGACGACUCGGGACGGAUCAAUUACUCGCAUUUCUUGGCUCGUUAUCGCAUUGAAAACGAUGCCAUGGACAACAGCGGCUGGCAAGAAAGUAUCAUUGCACUCAUUUGCAAAAAGCUGUACCGGGCAAUGAGCGCUGGUGAUGUGCAGCAAGCUUUCAAGGUGUUCGAUGCCGACUCAAACGGUUUUAUCGAGUACGAGGAGUUUGUCAGCACGCUCAAGCAGAUGGAUACGGGGCUGGCAGAUCAGCAGAUAUUCGAACUUAUGCGCACCGCCGACACGAACGACGAUGGACGAAUUGAUUUCAAUGAGUUUGCACAACGAUUCGAGGUCAUCUUCACGGACCAAGGUAGGAACUGCGAGAUCGAAGCGGUGGAGCCAUCUCCGACUCCGACGGCUUCAGGAACGGAGAUGAUACCGCCUACUGCACAAGAGAAGACUACAGGGACAGAGCCUAUCUUUAUGCGUCGGGUAUCCUCAGGAGAGGAACAGUCGAAGUUCACACCGCGACCUGCAAGCAACCUCGACGUGGAGACAAUGCAGGCGCUCUUGCAAAUUGGCAAAACCUUGUUUGCGCUCCGCGGGUCCUUGCAGUAUCACUUCUUCCACUUCGACAAGAACGAAGACGGUGUUCUCUCUCGUAACGAGUUCGAGCAAGCGCUGGAGCAGCUAGGCUUUCACUUUGAGCAAAGUCUGAUAGAUCGGGUAAUGGCUGCUGUGGAUAGUGACGGGGGUCUGUCCAUCGACUACAAGGAGUUCGUAGCAGCAUUUAGCGUGCAAGAUAUCAAGGAAGAAGCAGCACUAGUGUCCGGCGACCUCACGUGGCAGAACUCCGUGUUGCAGCAGGUCUCGAAUGUCUUUUACCAGCACCGCAUUCACAUUCGCAAUGCCUUCCGCAUGUUUGACGCGACAAAUAGCGGGGUCAUCAGUCGCGACAAUUUCCGCACAGGUAUCCGGACCUUCAACGUCGUGCUCAAUUCUCCGAUCUCGGAUGACCAAAUUGAAGAGCUGCUGACAUAUCUCGAUAGCAACAACGAUGGCGUGAUCAGCUACAAGGAGUUCUUUGACAGCUUUCGUGUGGUGGACGUCCGCAUUGAUGAGGACAAGUCGUCAUCGAUAAAGUCUUUAGGAGAAUCGACUAUGGAGGGCUAG